GAGAAGCGGGAGCCGGGGCUGGGGCAGGGGAGGAAGCUCCGGCAGAGGAGAGGGCGGCGAGCCGACGGCUACGUCUAACCACAUCCGCGCUGCCCGGCCAGGAACAGCCACAGGCGGCUGUCACCGUUUCCCUCCAUUUUGAAAGAAACAGGGGAUUAAAAAAAAAAAAAGGAUUGCAUCCCCUUCCCUCAGCCCACAUUUGCCUUCUCGGGGGGCCGGGGCGGGGGCAGCCGCGCUCAUGGCCUUCAGCCCGUGGCAGAUCCUGUCCCCGGUCCAGUGGGCCAAGUGGACCUGGUCCGCCGUGCACGGCGGAGGUGCUGCUGAUGGCGAGGACCGGGGGCCGGAGGGAGAGGCCGAGGAGGACGAUUCCCAAGCCGAGACCAAGUCUUUGAGUUUCAGCUCGGAUUCUGAAGGUAAUUUUGAGACUCCUGAAGCGGAGACACCCAUCCAAUCACCUAUAAAGGAGUUGUGUGAUCCAUCCCUGGGAUUAGAAGGACCUGGGGCCAAAUCUCAAGGACUGCAGGAAUUCGAUGAACAGCUGGUAGCAGAAGUGUCUGAAAAGCAUUUGCACGAGGCAUGUCCCGAAUCAUCCAACAAUGAGGCACCACUACACCUCCUGGCCCCUCUGGCAGAUAAGAAUGCUAACACGGAAGCUGAUCUUGAAAUUGGCCAAGUUUCGUCAGUGACGCCAUUGCUGUUGGAUGCUAAGAAGCCUGGGGAUAUCCCUACAGCAACUUCUGAUCAGGAUUUGUCCUCAGAUGUUUCAGCAGCCCUACGAGAAAACUCAAUGACAGAAGACAACAUGGGACUGACUCUUGAGGCUUCCAAUGACGCCGAGUCAAAGGCCAAAACCUUGCCUGCAGAUUCUGUGUCUAACAGAAGCAAGCUUAGGAAACCCAAACCAGUCUCUCUAAGGAUGAGAACAACUGGAGGAGAAUUCUCAGAAACCACUAGUGUUGUGGAGGACCACCCUAUCCCCAAAGCAUCCUAUCAGUUCAAUCCAGAUGAGCUUGAUGAAAGCACCAAUCCUUUCAUGAUAGGAGGUUCCAAGAUCCCCAAUUCUCCUCCUGCAGUGAAGCAGACCUUAAGUUCUUCCAAUGGAGAUGCCAGUGAUUCAGGGGUAGAGCUGCUGGAGGAAUCCAGGGGCUCACCUUUGAAACUGGAAUUCGAUUUCUCAGAUGGCACAGAGAGCACAGGAGUCAAGAAAAGCCUCCCUAGGAAACCUGCGCCUGGAGGCCGGAAGAUGGUUAGCAAGUUGGCUCUCAGGGCACAGAAAGAUGGAGUCAGCAAACCAAGCGUUGCCAAAGGCUUGGAAAAGCCUUCAGGCCUAGCAGAUGAAGAAAUUCCCCUUCAAAAAGCCUCCUCUAAAGUAGAGCCCAAUCAGGGGGACGACUGCAACUUUAACCCCUUUGGGGGCAGCUCCACUUUGCAGAACUCCCCACCCCUCCCAAAAGGGUCGUAUCACUUUGACCCAGAUAACUUUGAUGACUGUAUGGAUCCCUUUAAGCCUCUGAAGACCCUAAGCAACCGUGGGCCCACUAACUUUUGCUCCUCAGAUGGUAAUGAAGCUAUUGAAAUCUUAGAGUCUCAGCUAUAUGAAGUACAGGGUGAGGAGAUGAAGAAAGGGACAGGUUCCCCCAAGAAGGCAAAGUCGCGUUUGAUAACGACUACUGAACAAGUGAAAUUUCUCUGUUUUCUGUUGAGUGGCUGUAAAGGAAAGAAGUAUGAAGCUCAGUCACUUACUUUGGAUGUGUGUUCUCAGGAUAAAGGAGCAAUUAUCUCCCAGAUCCCAGACAUUUCAAAUAGGGAUGGCCAUGCCACUGAUGAAGAGAAAUUGGCUUCUACAUCAUCCAGCCAGAAACCAUCUGAGGCCGAGGUGAAAGGUGAGCCAGAAGACGACCUGGAGUACUUUGAAUGUUCCAAUGUUCCUGUGUCUGCCAUAAAUCAUGCGUUUUCAUCCUCAGAAGCAGGCUUAGAAAAGGAUAGCUGUCAGAAGAUGGAGAAGGAUGGAUCCAGUGUACCAGGUGUGUUUGACCAUUGCUCAACUGAGAAAGCCCCUGUGUCUGUGGCAUGUGGAGAUGAAAGUCCCCUGGAUAGCAUCUGUCUCAGUGAAUCAGAUAAGACUGCAGUCCUGACCUUAAUAAGAGAAGAGAUAAUCACUAAAGAAAUUGAAGCAAAUGAAUGGAAGAAAAAAUAUGAAGAGACCCGACAAGAAGUCUUGGAAAUGAGGAAAAUUGUGGCUGAAUAUGAAAAAACCAUUGCCCAAAUGAUUGAGGAUGAGCAGAGGACAAAUAUGACCUCUCAGAAGAGCCUCCAGCAGCUGACCAUGGAGAAGGAGCAGGCCUUGGCAGACCUGAACUCUGUGGAGAGAUCUCUGUCUGAUCUAUUCCGGAGAUAUGAGAACCUCAAGGGAGUCCUUGAAGGGUUUAAGAAGAAUGAAGAGGCUUUGAAAAAAUGUGCUCAAGACUACUUAACUCGAGUCAAACAAGAGGAGCAGCGAUAUCAGGCCCUGAAACUCCAUGCAGAAGAAAAACUAGACAAAGCCAACGAAGAGAUUGCUCAGGUUCGGACAAAAGCCAAAGCUGAGAGUGCAGCUCUCCAUGCUGGCCUCAGAAAAGAACAAAUGAAAGUGGAGUCUCUAGAAAGAGCACUUCAGCAGAAGAACCAAGAAAUUGAAGAACUGACAAAGAUCUGUGAUGAGCUGAUUGCAAAGCUGGGAAAGACUGGCUGUUAGGCCAGCGUCUCCUCCCUCAGCUGCUUCUUUGUGACGCCCAAGUAUUUUUGCCUUAUCCAGGAAUAAUCUCCCAUAGCAGAGAAGGGCACAUGCUUACUGCUCUCUGUUCCGCUUUGCUGCAGACUCAACAGCCCCCCCCCCCCCCCAAAAAAAA